UUUUAUUUCAAGUCAAUAGUUAAUCGUCGACAUGAACUUUUUAACUUACCAUUAAUUAAAGAAUAUAAUUGAGCAAGCACUCCUGAGUUUAUAAUUACAACAAUUGAUAAAAUAACACGAGUGACACGAUGGCGAAGGCGACUACUUUACGCAAAUACGGCAAGCAAUCAAAUAAGCCAAAAGGCGAUCGCUUGUUCGUUGAACUUCCACAGACUCCUGUGCGAAACCCACCACCAAAGAAAGCAACACGCCGCGAUGAGCCAAAGGACACGGUCAAUGAAUUGGCUGAUAAAGUCUCGUCAAUUUCAAUAGGCGAUGAGAAUGUUCCGCCGCCAAUCUCACCUCGACAAUCGUCCCAUCAUUCACCUCAACAAUCACCCCGGCGUUCGCCCCGACGAAAACUACAACCUGCUUCUCCUCCUAUUACUCCCCUUCCAGUUCCAACCCAACUGAAACCACCUAAACUUCCGACACCUCAUAAGCCAGUUCCGAUACAGCCACCAUCCCUAGAAGUUACCGAAGCAGUAGAAACAAAAAGCGAGUUGCAAGUGCUAUCAUGGUCCGAGAUAUGUCCAUCUGGCGAUAAGAUCGUCAAGAUAGCAGAGGCCUCCUACGCAGAGGUUUAUCGCGUGACCAAUGAGCGCGGCACAAGCAUCAUCAAGGUGAUUCGCAUGGAGUCUCCGAUCAAGGCGCAAACCAAGACGCAACAGAAGUCUGGCCUGGUUGACGAAGAACCCCACUCCGAAUCAGACCUGCUAGGAGAGCUGAAGAUCUCAGAGCUGUUGGCUGAUAUACCCGGCUUCGUCGUGUAUAAGGAACGGUACAUAGUGCAGGGAAAGGCCUGCAAGGAAUUGCUCGAGACACACCAAGCCUUCCACAAGAAGCUGAAGCGGCAAGAUCCCGACCGUCUGCAGUUUUACCCGUCGCCGAGCCGAUAUCUAAAUAGUACGAAGUUUUUAGUGGUGGAGCUAGGUGAUGCGGGCACGGCGCUGGAGGACUUCGAGCUCAAGUCCACGGACCAGCUAUGGGAUAUUUUUUUCCACGUAGCGAUUGCACUGGCGCGAGCCGAGGUUCACAUAGAGUUUGAGCACCGUGACUUGCACGAGGGCAACCUAUGCAUCCGGAAGGCGGGAGAGCCUAUCCCCGUAUCAGCACGAGAUCGACCCAGCCGCUUUGGGUUCUCCGGCCUCGAGAUUACCAUUCUCGACUACGGCCUCUCGCGCGCCCACGCGGACUACGACGUCGAAGGAACCCUACCCAUCGCCUACGACCUAGAGCGCGACCUCAGCAUCUUCACGAGCGAGCACGCCCCGCAGUGCGAGGUGUACCGGCGCAUGCGGUCGUUCCUCCUGCGCGCGGACCGCGUCUGCCUGCCCCCGACAAGCCAUAAGAUGACCUACGAGGAAGGCGUCGACGGCCCCAUCACCUGGGCCCGCCACGAGCCCUACACCAACGUCCUGUGGCUCGCGUACAUCUACACGUGGAUGGUGACGCACUACAGGGGCUUGAAGAAGGACCUCGCGGCCUUCAAGCGCGCUACUAAGGAGCUGUGGACGCACCUCGACCCCGACGCCGCUGAUAGCGUGCCCGGCUUCGGCAGCGCUAGUGACGUUGUACGAUUCGCGCUGGAGGCGGGGUGGGUGGAGGAGGACCAGCUGAUGGGCGUGCGUGAGGAGGGGGAGAGGUCGAUGUUGUCGAUUUUGGGGACACCCAGGGCGGAGAAGGUCAGUGAGGCGUAGGGGCAUUGCUAUGCGAUUAGAUGGCAUAGGUGUCGUAGUUAAAAUACUUGGGUUGGGAGUUUACAUUGGGAAGGCGUUUCGAAUACUGAGACGAGGUCGAUGAUAAUGUAUGUCUUGUGUUUAAAGGGAAAUGAUACCAUUUGAUAGAAUUCUGUAUAUUCUAGAAUUCAAAGUCUGCUUAGGUAGGCUAAUGUUACACUUGUCACGAUAACUACCUGCAACUUGUGCAUAC